CCCCUUGACCGGUGUAAGCAUGGGACUGGGGAGGGCGAUCUCGGGUGGGCACCACUCGGGCUGGGACUCCGGAACGCCUUGGCCUUCAGCUUGGUCUGGCUGAAGCUCAGGGUCCUGCCAGUGAAGGCCACACCGCUAACCAGCCCGUUUUCCUCCAGUUCCAGGGUCUCCCUUAACUGCUGUAGUAACCUGGGUCCAGGGCCUCAGUGGUGCUCCGAUGUCCCUCACCCACCCCUGAAGAUCCCAGGUGGGCGAGGGAAUAGUCAGAGGGAUCACAAUCUUUCAGCUAAUUUAUUUUACUCCGAUAAUAGGCUGAAUGUAACAGAGGAACUAACGUCUAAUAACAAGACGAGAAUUCUCAAUGUCCAGACCAGGCUCACAGAUGCCAAACACAUCAACUGGAGAGCAGUGCUGAGCAGUAGCUGCCUCUACAUCGAGAUCCCAGGCGGAGCUCUGCCAGAGGGGAGCAAAGACAGCUUUGCAGUUCUUCUCGAGUUUGCUGAGGAGCAGCUGCAUGCUGACCAUGUCUUCAUUUGCUUCCACAAGAACCGUGAUGACAGAGCCGCUCUGCUCCGAACCUUCAGCUUUAUGGGCUUUGAGAUUGUGAGACCGGGGCAUCCCCUUGUCCCCAAGAGACCCGACGCUUGCUUCAUGGCCUACACAUUUGAGAGAGAGUCUUCGGACGAGGACGAGUAGCAGCUGCACCACCUGCACCCUCACCUCUGCCACCACUGUCAGAUCAUCGCAGAUCGUAGCCCCUUCAUGUGUCUCGCUUUGUGCUGGUGGUGUGACCAACUGCUGCACUGGGGUGCAAAUGCCAGGCCUGCUCCCCUCUUCUGGGUUUUGUCCGCAUGUUGUAAUUGUGCAAAUAAAUGCUCACUCCAAAUUAGCGGUAUAUUUCUUGAAGUUUAAUAUUGUGUUUGUGAUACUGAAGUAUUUGCUUUAAUUCUAAAUAAAAGUUUAUAUUUUA